UGUUGGCGCCGACGUAAACGGAACGUUUGUUCUCUGUCGUGUGUUCAUUCGCCGACGAGCACAUUUUGCUGUUCCACACGUUCAAACUCUAACGCGUUGACUUGGGGAUCUUCUGGUGUUUAUUAUUAACCGUAAAAUGUUCGUUUGUGUUUAGUCUACGAAAGGACAACCGUCGGAUAUGAGGAGGCCACCUAUUAAAAUAUUUUAACGUUUUAGUCGUUGGGUUGUGGGCACCGGAAGUCGUCAUCCACUCCCUGCCUGAAACUACGUGGAUGGGGAAUGUUGAGAAUGGAGUCUUCCCUCACGGCCGACUGGAGCGGUGCUGAAGACGACCAACUGGACCGAGCUUUCCUCGUGGACGAAUUGUCGCUCGUCGUCCCAGAGACUCCCAGCCCGCAGCUCACCAAGGUCAGGCGAUGGACACGUAUUGCAGAGGACCCGUCCAGCCCGGUGAUGACACGUCGUUCAGCGGCUCGAGCAAAACGUUCCCACGCCGCCGCCAGUGUGUCCGGACCGCCUAAGCGCAGGAAGCUAGCGACGCCGCGGGAUGCCGCCGGCCUGUCACCCGUCCGCGGCUGGCUGGAUGCCUCCCCUGCUUCGUCCUCCUUCUCCUCCUCGUAUUCGUCAUCGUCAUCGUCAUCCUUAUCCUCCCCCGUGACGAUGACCUCGGAAGUGGUGGCCAAGCCGGCGGUCGGUUCGCCGUCUGACUCGUUGUCCUUCCUGACGGCGGAGGAGAGGAGGUGGCUGAGCGGCGAGCAGCACGAUGCCUCAACAGCAGCAGCGCAGGAAGUGGUCAUCGACGAUGACGACGGCGACUUGUCGGUUCGCGCGGUGCAGAUGGAGGAAGACGAAGCAUUUGCGCGAAGCCUGCAGGCUCACUUUGACCAAGAGGAGGCGGAGUCACAUCACCUUCAUCAUCACGGGCAUGACGCGCGGGGGACAGGUCGCCGCCGAAGACGCCAGCGGAGGACCGCCGACGACUUGUCCGACGACGACUACGAGGCGCUCCUGGCGCUGGAGGACCAGCAGGGGGCGGUGGUGUCCAAGAAGCUGCCGCGCAACCACGUCCUGCGCUUCCCCGUCAAGUGCUUCCGGACGGGCGCCGGCAACGCGCGAUGUCAGAUCUGCUUCGGCGACUACGACGAUGGCGAUCAACUGAGGAUGUUGCCGUGUUUCCAUGACUACCACGUGGCCUGUAUCGACCGCUGGUUGCGGGAAAACACCACCUGCCCCAUAUGCAGAGUCGACCUGGCCGACCUCUGACCUCUUGUACAUUGCACGCAUGUGUUCAUAUCUUUCAUAAUAAAAACUCGACUUUUAUUGACCUUAAA